UACUGGCUGUAUCCCUGACACCUCCUUUCCCUUCAUAUAAACACUGCAGACUGGCCGGUUGGAUUUCAGCUGGGCACAGCAGGGGAGCCCUGCAAGACUCUCAGCUAGGAGGGAAACUUAGAGCCAGAACUGCUAAAGGAAAGCUGAGAUGGAACUGAUCCCCAACCUUUCCAUGGAAACCUGGUUGCUGCUGACUACCAGUCUGGUGCUCUUCUACAUAUAUGGGACCUAUUCUCAUGGGAUUUUUAAGAAACUCAGAAUUCCUGGACCAAAACCUCUGCCUUUAUUUGGCACCAUUCAUGCCUAUGGUGAAGGUGCGUGGAAAUUUGAUGAUGAUUGCUAUAAAAAGUAUGGAAAAAUAUGGGGGUUUUAUGACGGUCGACAGCCUGUGCUGGCUAUCACGGAUCCAGAGCUCAUCAAAGUGGUGCUAGUGAAAGAAUGCUACUCAAUCUUCACAAACCGUCGG